AUGUCUCUUGCGGGGUCUCUGUUGCACACAAGGUGGUUCUACUUCCGCGUGACGGGCGCAAAGGGUGAGGAUCUGCACAUCAACAUCACCAACGCAGGGGAGGGUUCUUUCCCUACGGCCUGGCCGGGCUACCAGACCUGUGCAACCUAUGACAGGAAGUACUGGUUCCGAGUGCCCACCACCUAUGACAAGGAGACCGGCGUGCUGAGCUGGAAGCACACCCCUGAGCAUGAUGCUGUGAGGUAUGCGUACUUUGCGCCGUAUACCUAUGAGCAGCACCAGUCGCUGAUUGCCGACUGCCAGAGCAAGCCGGGGGUCACACUGGAGAUGCUGGGCCAGACUCUGGACGGCCAUGACAUGGACCUGCUGCGCAUCGGUGACGCUGAUGACAGCGACAAGAAGAAAGUUUGGGUGAUCGCUCGUCAGCAUCCUGGCGAGAGCAUGGCUGAGUUUUUCAUGGAGGGAUUCCUGCAGCGCCUCCUAGAUCGCCACGACCCUGUCUCGCGCAAGGCCCUCCAGCAGGCUGUCUUCUACAUCGUGCCAAACAUGAACCCAGAUGGCACAUGGCGGGGCCACCUGCGUACCAACGCAGCAGGUGCAAACCUGAACCGCGAGUGGGACAACCCCACCCUUGAGCGCUCGCCUGAGGUCUACUAUGUCCGCAAUCACAUGGACCUGGUCGGGUGCGAUUUUUUGGCAGACAUUCAUGGCGAUGAGGAGAUCGAGUACAACUUCCUGGCCGGCAACGAGGGCAUUCCAGCCUGGGACGACCGGCUGAAGGGCCUGCAGGACGAAUUCUGCCGGGCUUUCCUGCACACCUCCCCAGACUUCCAGCUCGGGAAUGGCUAUGGCGUGGACCCUCCAGGGCAGGCGAAUCUGGCAAUCUGUUCUGGGGGAGUUGGGCAGCGGUACAAAUGCCUCGCCUUCACCCUGGAGAUGCCCUUCAAGGACACCCAUUACGCGAGGGAGCCCGUCCAGAACUGGUCCCCUGAGCGCUCAGUGCGCUUUGGAGCAGCCAUGCUGAAUGCAAUCCUGGCAGUCAUCCCCACAUUGCGGUGAAUUUUGUGCUCUGUUUUACUUUUGAGCAGCGCUGCACAGGAGCUUGGCAGCUGCCCAAAUAUAUUGUUUUGCCAUUCAGCUAUCUAUCAAUUUCAAGUACUGCGAAUAGC